AAUAGUAGGAGCCUUUGAAGAGACGUUUAUGCCAUGGCCAUCCCAAAGUUUUGUUUGGUUUUUGCUCUUUGUCUGAUUUAUUUUGUGCUUCAUACUCCAGCAACGGUUGUUCAAGACUUCAACCAUGUAGAACGAUGCAAGGACUCCCUGUAUAUGGGGACACCGCCACGGGGGAUCAUAGACCUACACCUGAAGAAGAUCUGCCAGCGUUACGCAGACAAGCCUCGCUACGUGACACUGUACGACCCUCGCAAACGCAUACCAGUAUACUCUGCUUACACCUUCAAGAAGACAGAGGGAGACAGGCGUGUGGACUACCCUUGGAUGUAUGAGCCGCAGCUGGCAGAAGUUGAUGGAAAUGGGAACAUGAUGCCCUUCCCUACUGGUUACCUCCACAUGAAGUUUGAGGACAGCCAGGCAGUUUUGGACGACUACUCAGAUGUUGUUCUCUAUGAGAGAGGUCAUCUGAACCCGGAUCAGCACCAGUCUGAUGCACAUGACCGUGCAGCCACUUACACCCUGACCAACGUGGUUCCAGAGAUACGGGAGUUCAACAUUGGGCCUUGGCGUGAGUAUGAGGAACGGAUCCGCGUCCGCCUCAACAACUACUGCCGUGGCACUGCCUACAUCGUCACCGGGGUGACCACGAGAGGCAACAUGAUCCGUCGCAACAACCAGGACCGUGUGGCCAUCCCUGAAGAUGUUUGGUCAGCUUACUGCUGCACCGACUACGACCGCAACGCACCUCAUGACGUCCGCAUCCGUUUCCCCUCCCACGGUGCCUUGGCCAAGAAUGCCAAAGAAGGCAGCAACGUCCAUGAGAUGACCGUCCAGGAGCUGGAGAACUUCCUGAAGAACCAUAUGGAUGUUGACCAGAACCUGCAGAUCUUCUAUGACAACUGCAUCUCCCCCUCACCCCUUCCUCUUUACCUCCAUCACACCAUCUGAAAGCUUUCGCUGUUUUAGCUUUUCUGUGUGCAUAAUUAUAUCUAUUUACUUUAAAGCUGUAAUGACUAAUGCUGGAUGCAAUUGCUACUUUUAUUUCUGACCAGUCAAUGCACACAACAAAAUAUGCAGAUCUGAUUAAAAUUCACUAUUCUGUUUAACUUAAAGUCUCACUGUUAAUUAAUUCAUUCUCGAAGGAACAGCACCACCAUGAAAAAGAUGUUAUCAUAAAUGUACUGACUUGACCUCUCUUCAGCUUAGUUUCUCAAGAUAAAUUGUAUUUCUUCUUUCCUUUUACAAGGAUGAUUCCUUGUGAACAGAAAGAAGAAAUACAAGCUUCAGACCAUCACUCACAUAGGAUAUAACUGUUAACAAAGGGAUUAUAACUCUGAAAAGAAAAGAUGAGUUUCUGCUGUUUGAAUUAAACAUCUGAAUU